AUGUUUAACUACACUAUUUAUGAGCGCCCCAUCACUCUCGCCAUCUUCAAAGAGUGCGUGGGGGUGGGCGGAGAAGAUAUUAUUCCGGUGCUUAUGGAGCUGGAGCGUGCCAAUAUGCAAGGGAAGAGCCUAACCUCUCUUGAUGGACUGGACAUGUGUUCCCAGCUGAAGUGCGCAGAUCUCUCCCACAAUCUGAUCUCGUCCAUUGAUCCUCUUGUUUUGGAGAUCAUACCAACUCUAGAAACUCUGAAUCUUUCCCACAAUAAACUGACCAAUAGUCUCGACCUGUCCUGCCUGCCGGAGCACCACAAGCUCAGACACUUGAAUAUUGCAUUCAACCCUAUCAAGGCCUUGGAUGUGUCACGGCUCCCGCGCUCCUUAGAAAUUCUCUGUGUUUCUGAGGGGCAGCUGGCAACUAUCGACAAGGAUGUCAUCAAGAACCAGUGCCCUAACAUAAAGGAAGUUAUUCUAAUUGAAGGGGAAGGCCACGAAGGUGUCCAGGUGGUGAAUGCCAUAGCAGAAAAGAUCGAAAAGGACGCUGUACUAGGCACGGGCGUGGCCGCCGAUACCGUGCGGUUUGAUUCCGAUCAUAAUAUCAUUGUGCCAUCUACAAAGCAAAAAGCCUCAGCAGCAGCCGUGACAGCUAAAGCUCCCCUCAGCGGGUCACGAGGUCCGCCAUCGAGAUCAUUAGGCGGCGUAUCAGGGGCGGGCACCAGACAGAAAACAGUAACAUCGACAGCAGGGGUGUCAUCUGCCAAACCCAAGCCCGUAUCUGCUGCCGGCCAUGGAGCCGUGCGUGCAGGUUCACAACAGACAGCAGAGACCAUUCCUGCAGCUCUGGACAAUGCCGUGUCGAAGAAGGAAAAGACUGCUCAAGAGGCUCUUGACGGGCUCGAAGCAAAGCUUAACACUGCGCUGGACGUUGUAGAUUCGAUGGACCGGGAGUUUCUGCAGAUAGAGGAGCUAGUAGAGGUUACUCUCGAAAAUUCUCGAAAACGGGAACUGGACCUCUUUGAGGCGCUGAGCAAAGCCAAAUGA